AUGUCUGGUCUAGAAUCAUUCCCACCAAAAAUAAUAAACCAAAGUAUUGCUAACCACGCCUACCUCAUGAUAUAUUCCUCCCCGUCUGACUCUGGUACAACAUUGGCUGGACAUUAUGCGAUUGUUCUCGAUAUCAAAGGGGAGACUACAGAUGCCAACAACCCCAAAGGUCUGAUGAUGCACAUGGUUCUAUUGGAGAGAGGUGUCUCUCAAAUUGUCUGUUGUGAAGUCCAUAGAUACGACAAGCAACAACCAUCCACUUUCCUCAAUAGAGUCAUUGCACUUGGCAGGGUCUCAAAACAGUUGGACAAUCAAGGUAGAUGGAGAGAUUGGGCAAUAAUAGUUUUUAUUAAUUUCAUAGAGAAUCAUUGUAAUGGUAUCUAUACUUGGGGAUCAUCGACAAACUGUCAGAAUUUUACUCGUCACUUGGUUCGUAAGUUGGAUCUCGUAUGGCCAGAUGAUAUCCCUGUUGCUUCUGACUACGCUCCCAUGGCUAUAGAUCUAGUGUCUUUCUAUAGAGACAUUGAGAUCUCAUCCAACACAAAUUAA